AUGGAACAAACGAAAACGUUUACAUGUCAACGUUGUAAACAUCCCUUAAGGAUAGACGAGUCUUUCUCUGAUCUUAACACAACUUCAAUAGAUCUUUUAGUUGCACCACUUCAAGAAUACACACGUUUCUCCGAAACAGCCAUAGACGAACGAAGACCUGAAAGAGGUUCAUUGAAAAGAAGUUCGAUACGAGCUGCCUUUAAGGACAUCGAACAAAAUGGAAAUUCAAUAGCAAGCAAGCAUUUAGCAUCAAAGGAUCUUGGAAUUUAUCGAUCUAAUGGAAUGAACGGAAAAAAAGAAUCAUUCUUGGCACCAUCAGAAUCAUAUGUGGUGUUGUCACGGUCGCAAGUGUAUCCUCCGUCAAACGCUCAGUCAUCAUCAGAACGUGAUAACAUAGAUAUGAACAUGGAUGACAGACAGAGGGCUAGUAUUAGCCAUCGACUCAAAGUCGCAAACCGUCUCUUUGAUCUCAUGUCAUCCAAGUCAGAGAUAGAUCACCCCAUGUGUCAAGAAUGUACAGAUAUGCUUCUUGACAGUUUGGGAAAGCAAUUGGCAGAUGCUUCUCGAGAGCGAGAUUGCUACAUAGAUUUCCUUAAAAAGGUUAACUUGGAAGAAAUUGAGCGUGAACGUGAUGAGAUGAAAAAGGAGUUGGCCGCAUUGGAAAAGGAGGCAGAAGAGCUUGACAAACUUGAAGAAAGCUAUUGGCAGGAAUUCAAUGAUUUUCACAUCCAACUCCAGUCCUUUCAAAAUGAAAGAGAUAGUGUCAACUUGAAAUACGAUCACGACGCCCGACAACUAGAAAAACUUCAAAAGACCAAUGUAUACAAUGACACAUUCUGCAUCGGGCAUGAUGGUCAUUUCGGUACGAUCAAUGGUUUUAGGCUGGGUCGUUUACCGAACCAAAUGGUUGAAUGGAGUGAGAUCAAUGCUGCCUGGGGACAAACACUCUUAUUACUAGCAACCAUUGCCAAUAAGCUUAAUUUCACAUUCAAAACGUAUCGAUUAGUCCCCUUGGGGUCAUUUUCAAGGAUUGAAAAGGUCGACGAGAAAAAUGCGUCUUACGGACUUAAUGUUGCAUGCACCAGAUACGGUUCAGGAGAACUAACGUUAGGAAGGUUAUUUUCGAAUCGGCAUUUUGAUCAAUCCAUGGUGUGCUUCCUGAACUGCUUGCAGCAGCUAGGAGACUAUGCCGAAAGACAAGACCAAAAUCUCAAAUUACCGUACCGGAUCAACAAGGACAAAAUUGGUGAUGCAUCGAUAAGAUUGCAAUUCAAUCAGGAUGAGACGUGGACAAAAGCUCUCAAGUAUACUUUGACGAAUGCCAAAUGGAUCUUAGCUUAUGCCUCGUCGUCAAGUCACGAUUGGGGAAAACAUAAAUAA